AUGAGUCUUCCUCUGAAGAACUGCGCAGACGGAGCGCGCAGAAAGCGGAAAGCCGAUGACAGUACUUCAGAGGAGGAUUCGUCUGAAGAGAAAGGCAAAUCAGGCGCUCCCGGAGCAAGUGCAGGAGAAGGGGCUAAAGGCGCAGACGGAGCGCGCAGAAAGCGGAAAGCCGAUGACAGUUCUUCAGAGGAGGAUUCGUCAGAAGAGAAGGGCAAAAAAGGCUCUGACGGAGGCGAAGGUGAUAGCAAAGCAGCGAAGGGAUCAGAUGGUGCACGUCGAAAACGAAAAGCCGAGAAGAAUACGAUUUCUGUGGAGAGCAACGAAUAUUCCAAUGGUGACGUGGUAAUCGAUUCGGAGUCUACCGAAAAUAGCGAAGACAAUGAAGUAAUUGAAUCGAAAAAAGAUUCAUCUUUAGAAGAUUACGUGCAGGGGUGUGAGGUUAUGGAUGCGGAUUCGGAUGAAGCAAACGAGACAACUUACUUUGAAGACAGGCGCAAACGUUCGGUGGAAAGUGAUGAGAGUGCUGAAUUAUCAAAUGCUGCUGUGGUUAAUUCUGCGCAAAGCAAGGAGGACAAUACACGCGAAGCAACCGAUGAACUAUUUGAAGAUGCUAACGAAUCAUCUGAGGCAACCGAACCUCUAACCCAGCUGAAACGACGACGUGACGCAACCAGCUCUAGCAAGAAAAGUGAUGAGAAACAUGACAAAGAUGGUGAGAAAUCCGAAGAUUGUGGUUGUGGCAAAUCCAAAAGGGCCGCCGACGAGUCAAACGAAUCGAAAAGUAACGAAGACAGCAAACAAAGCGAGAAGAAGUCGGCCGCUUGUGGCUGCGGUGGUUCAGAGGGUGCAAAUGGUGAAGAAGCAGAGAAGCCCUGAGGGCUAGCCAGCAUCUGAAAAGAUGACGAUGGGAGCCGCAGUUCGCCAGACGCACGCGCGGAUGAUUUACUGCGUUUUAAUAAAAACAUAAUUUGAUGCUGUAUUUUUUAAGUUCCGUGUAGUUUUUUGUAAAUUAAUAAAUUAUGUAUAUACAUGUAUGCCUUAACUGAUUUUUGUUGUAUGCAAAAUACAACAACAGAGAUAA